CAACGUAAAAACCCACGUACCGAUUUUUACCGCAUACCUUAUAGCGAAAGUCGGACGAAAAUAAACGUUGGCACAACCACCUAUCUUAUCAUUCCACCUGCACUCCCAACACGAUCUGGAUCCCAUUCGCCACCGGGCAGCAAUAUCUUCUUCGGACUCCGAAUCCGCGUUACGUGUGCGCGAACGUCGGCUUUCCAUUUCAUUCUUGGAUCGACCGGCCAGCUUGAUAACACCGGUGCAUAGCGAAUCCAAACCAGAGGGCACUUACUAAUUAAGUACGACAUCCACCCAAGUGAUAAAAAGAACUUAGUUAAAGCAGCACAAAAAUGACGGAUCUUAUCAGGCAGGGAGCUCUUUUCCUCAUGAGCGAAAAGUGCUAUGAUAACUACUUCCUGGAGCUUAACUUUCUGGACAUUCCCUGCUUUAAGGCCUUGUUGAGCAAGUGCCUGGGAUUGGCCAUUAUCGCCGGUUCCGUGCUGGUCAAGGUUCCCCAAGUGCUGAAGAUCCUCAACAGCAAGUCCGGCGAGGGCAUCAACAUAGUGGGCGUGGUGCUGGACCUGCUGGCCAUAUCGUUCCACCUGUCCUACAACUUUAUGCAUGGCUAUCCGUUCAGCGCCUGGGGCGACAGUACCUUCCUGGCCAUUCAGACCGUGGCCAUCGCCGUCCUGGUUUUGUUCUUCAACGGUCACAAGGCUCAGUCGGGACUCUUCCUCCUGGGCUAUAUCGUCUUGAUGUAUGUCCUCAACUCGGGGUUAACGCCCAUGUCGGCCCUGUUCACCAUCCAAAGCUGCAACAUUCCCAUCCUGCUGGUGGGAAAGUUGUCACAGGCGUACACCAAUUACAAGGCUGGAUCCACUGGUCAGUUGUCCGCCGCCACGGUGAUCAUGAUGUUUGCCGGCUCAGUGGCCCGCAUCUUCACCUCCAUCCAGGAGACAGGCGAUUCCAUGAUCAUCCUGACCUUCAUUGCCUCGACCUUUGCCAAUUCGGUUAUCCUGGGUCAGUUGAUCUACUACUGGAACAAGCCUGCUGGCGCCGUCAAGGAUGCCAAGGCCAAGAAGCCCAAGAGCAAGAAGGAUGAUUAGGCAGUAGUUAAAGAGAGAUUUGAACUCGAAACAUAGGUUGCAACAACUUCUCGACAUUGUAGAACAAAUAUGCAAGGUUUAAAUAAAUCAAUUCUUAGUUUA